AUGCGCCGUGCGCUCUUACUUUCUCUUGUCCCCAUUGUUCUGGGAUGUAACAACCCAGCAAACCAUGCCUGUGCUUCGGCUUAUACUGCAUCCAGCUCUGCUGCCGCAGAGUUCUGUGCUACUUUCACUGCUAGCAUAGUGACCGCCACUACCGGCCUGCCGAGCUUCGCCUCUGAGUGUGAGUUCAAGACCAAGGCUCUGUCGAGUGCCUGUAGCUGCCUCGAUACUGCCUGGGCUACUGCCGGAUCAGGAUCCGGAUUAGCCAAGACCACUGCUGUUGCAACCAGCGCAGCUACCACCACCGCUGCGGUUUCGAGCGAAGCGUCGUCUACUAUCUCGACUACUCUCGUCAAGGCCACUCGCCCGGCCUCCUCCACCACUUCCACUUCCGUUGAUGUCCCUGCCACCACUGCGGCACCGACCACCACUCAGGCCGUUACCACUGUCGCCGAUGACUCCACUGGAUCUGGUACUACUUGUGUUGUCUCUGAAUACGCAUCUCUCUCUUCUGCUGUCGCGUCUUGCACCAACAUCGUGCUCUCCGAUUUCUAUGCCCCUCCCUCGAGCACCAUUGAUCUGCAGAGCCUUCAGACUGGCGCCGUUGUGACCUUUGCGGGUACCACUACCUUCGGUGAUACUUACGACGAUGACUUCGAUCCAAUUGUCAUCUCUGGUCACGAUAUCACUAUCACCGGUGCCGAGGGCCACGUUAUUGAAGGCAAUGGUGCUGCUUACUGGGACGGCGAAGGCUCCAACGGUGGACAGGACAAAAUGCCCAGGCCCGACCACUUCAUCGUCGUCAAAAAGACCUACAACUCCAAGGUCACCAACCUGAACAUCAUGAACUGGCCCGUUCACUGCUUUGAUAUCACUGGAAGCCAGAACGUCGUCUUCUCUGGAAUUGUUCUGAACAACACUGCUGGAGAUGAGCCUAACUCUGCCAGCGGUAGCAAGGCCGCAGCCCACAACAGUGACGGAUUUGACAUCUCCUCUAGUGACUACAUCACCCUGGAGGAUAUCGAGGUCUACAACCAGGAUGACUGUGUUGCUGUCACCAGUGGAACUCAGAUCGUCGUUGACAACGUGUACUGCUCCGGUGGUCACGGUCUCAGCAUCGGAUCCGUCGGUGGAAAGAGCAACAACACCGUCGAUGGAGUUACCUUCAAGAACUCCCAGGUGGUCAACAGCGAGAACGGUUGUCGCAUCAAGAGCAAUGCCGACACUACUGGCAGUAUCAGCAACGUCGUCUACCAGAACAUCACUGUCUCCGGUAUCACCGACUACGGUAUCGACGUCCAGCAAGACUACCUCAACGGCGGCGCUACCGGUGACCCAACCAACGGCGUCACCAUCAGCGGUGUCACUUUCGAUAACGUCAAGGGCACAGCCACUGACGAUGCCUACGACUACUACAUUCUCUGUGGCUCGGACAGCUGCUCGGACUUUACCUUCACUGAUGUCUCCAUUACUGGUGGCGGUGAGACCAGCAGCUGCAACUAUCCUUCUAGCGGCUGUCCUUAA